AUGUAUUGCGCAUUCACAACUAAAAGAAAAAUAUUAAUUAUUUCAAUUGUUACCGUAACUGGUUGUUUAGGUCCAAUAGCUGGUAAUAUUUAUGUUCCAAUUUUACCACAAUUACAAAUUGUUUUUAAUGUUUCUGAAUCAACUAUAAAUGGUACAAUUUCAAUAUUUAUGGCAAUUUUUGCAUUUGCUCCAUUAAUUUGGGCUUCAUGGGCUGAUUAUGGUGGUAGAAAAUUAUUAUAUUUAAUUCCAAUCUUAUUUUAUAUUAUUGCAAAUAUUUUAUUAUCAACAAUUCCAGCAAAUAUCGUUGCAUUGUAUAUUUUAAGAGCAGUUCAAGCAUUUGGUGCUAGUAGUGUAAUGUCUGUUGGUGCUGGUACUAUUGCUGAUAUUAUAGAACCUAAAAAUAGAGCAAAGGCUAUAGCAGUGUUUAUGUGGGGACCACAAUUAGGACCAAUUUUAGGACCUCUACUAUCAAUCAUUGCAAUAAGUUCAUGGAGAUGGAUAUUUGGGUUCUUGGCUAUUUUGGGUAGUGUUGUUUAUUUAAUGAUUUUAUUUUUACUACCUGAAACAUUAAGAUAUUUAGUAGGUAAUGGAGAAUGUCAUGCUCAAAAUCUAAUUGUCAAACCUAAAUUGAUUCAACCAAAAUUAGUUGAUGAUUAUCCAAAACCUCCAAAACCAAGUUUGAAAAAUUAUUGGAACUUAAUGAAAUUUAAACCAGUAUUGAUUUGCUCUAUAAAUUCUGGUUUAUUAUUUGCAACUUUUUAUGGAGUUAUGGUUACUUUUUCAAGAGUACUACAACAACAUUACCACUUUAAUUUUUUACAAACUAGUUUAAGUUAUCUUUGUCCUGGUGGUGCGUUGAUUAUUGGUUCAACAAUAGGUGGCUGGUUAUCAGAUAAAACAUAUAAUUUAAUACCUGAACGUCGAUUUUCCAUACAAAUUGUUGGGUUAUUAAUUUCAAUGAGUGGGAUAAUCAUUUACGCAUGGACAGCUCAUAAAUUAGCACCUGUUGAAACUGUGUUUUUAGGUACUUUUUUAUCUGGAUUUGGAAUGACUUGGGUAUUUAUUACUACAACUACGUAUUUAACAGAAUGUUCAACCGGUCAACCUAGUGCAAAUGUUGCAGUGGGUAAUUUGAUGAGAAAUAUCUCUGCUGCUAUAUGUACUGCAAUUAUUGAUAUUUUGAUUUCAAAAAUGGGAUUUGGUUGGUGUAUGACUGGGUUAGGAUUGUUGGAUAUUAUUGGUCUUGUUAUGGUUGUGGUAUUAUUGAACAAAGGUUCAAUUUGGAGAGAAGAAUAUAAUGAAAGAAUGGAGAAAAAUGCAUAA